AACACAACCCUACCUCAAAAAGAAAACAAAUAAAAAAUUAAUUCGCCAGACACUCUUGACUUUACUCGACUCCCCCAAAAACACAAACUCACGAGCUACAUUGAAGGCAGCACUGCAACUGGAAAAUCAGACCUGUCGAUUUGCACGUGAAGGCAUCUGUUUUUCAAGAGGGACGGAAGAAGUUUAGUGUUUUACAGGAAGAAGACUCAUCUGCGAGGCUUGUUGUGUGUGUGUGUAGUUUCGUGUGUUGAAUGUCUAGUCUGCCUCAUCAUUUCACUUCGCUCCUGGAAAACACCUAGACGGUACCUUUGCUGCAGCCCAAGUUGUGUCAUUUCAGCCAUGGCACUUUGAUAGAUACUUUAAACUUCGUCGGUAGGUGUUCUUUAUGUGCUGCGGGUAACAGACGAGCGGUGAGAUGGCCAUCGCCCACGUGGCUACAGAGUACGUGUUCAGCGAUUUUCUGCUGAAGGACCCAAACCAGUCUCGAUACCACAACGUCCGAACUGAGCUGGCUGUGGACAAGAUGGUGACCUGUGUGGCAGUGGGCCUGCCCCUCCUCCUCAUUUCUCUGGCCUUCGCUCAAGAAGUUUCAGUCGGUACUCAGAUCAGCUGCUUUGCUCCUUCUAAUUUCUCCUGGAGGCAAGCUGCUUAUGUGGACUCGUUCUGCUGGGCCUCUGUACAUACACACACUCUACCUCUGUGGCUGCACAAGUUCUUCCCCUACAUCCUGUUGCUGGUGGCGGUGCUGAUGUACACGCCGGCGCUGUUCUGGAGGUUUUCUGCAGCGCCCCUGCUGCAGUCGGACCUCAGCUUCCUCAUGGAGGAGUUGGACCGCUCUUACAACCGUGCCGUCACUCUGGCCAAACGCAUGGCCACCUCGGCAGUGCGCACCUCAGACGGCGACAUCACCGAGGGCUGUUUCGAUUACCCGCUGGUGGGGAAGUUUCUGAUGACCAAGCGCUGCUCGCGGUCGAUGCUGUUUUACUACCUGCUGUGUCGCGGCCUGACUCUAGUCACCCUGCUGUGUGCCUGUGUCUACCUGGGCUACUACCUCCGCCUGGCCUCCAAAACGGACGAGUUUGGCUGCAGCCUGCGUGUCGGCCUGCUCGCCUCCGACCCGGGCGUCCCCGACAAGGUGCAGUGUAAGCUCGUCGCUGUGGGAGUCUUCUAUCUGCUGAGCCUCGUCAACUUGGUUCUGUUCGUUGCGCUGAUUCCCGCGGUGAUCUAUGCCGGUCUCCGUCCCCUCUUCUGCCAUGGAUAUGCCCGCUUCCUGGAAACCUACCAAUCGCUGCCCACCGUGAGCGUCCUGCCCACCCCUGGUAACCAAUGGGACGAUCUCUCACUGUAUUUGCUCUUCCUGGAGGAGAACCUCAGCGAACUGAAGUCCUACAAAUACAUCAAGGUGUUGGAGUUGUUGAAGAGACGAGGUGAAUGCUCAGGGGAAGACUUUGAUUCCAUGGGUCUGCUGCAGACUCUCUGUCCAGUGAAGAUGGACAGCGUGGAUGGGAAAAAACCUACCGGCGCUGCGGGGAAACAGGAUCAAGUGAAGACGAAUGCAGGGGACCCUGCCGGCAGCCCCACAGCACCUAAGAACAGCUGCGAGAGUCCAAACUCGUCCGAGGAUAACGACAGCAAGACGGAAACUGAGAUGAAAGAGCUGACUCCCUUGAUACUGAGAAACAGCGACGUAACGGGCAGCAAAAGCAGCGAGGGAGAGACUCUCCGACAGCGAGCGCUGUGAUCGGGACACCCUGGACAAAGUUGUUUCUUGAGGGAAAUAACUCCACAACUAUCCCGUGGCGCAGCCACAGCUCGUGCCCCAUCCUGUCCUGAUGGAGGGGUUGGAAAAAUGGAAUGGGAGAGAGCGAAGCACCAUCAUUGUCCCCCUUUUUCUUUUUCUUUUAUUUUUCUUUUAUUUUUUAAAUGAUGUGCGUUUUUUUUUUAAGAGUGGUUUGCGAAGCAGAUUUAUUUUUGUCUAACAGCGCAGUUAAAUAAAGUGAGGAUGUGAGCAUGGGGUGAUGUAAAACUAGACACUGGAAGAUGAUGUUGGUACGGAUUUCAGGAAUCGUUGAAUUUGUCGAAACCAUUAAGGACUCAUACAAACUUAUUUCUGACUGAAUGCUUGAAACACUACAGUACUACAAUGCAAGGGGUAGGGUUUUUAAGUGAGUUAAAUAAUAUAGAAAGUGUCUUAAAGCUGCCACCAUACGACAAGUAUGGAAUUGUCAAAAUUGCAGUCAUGCAGGUGAUGUAUUUAUUUGCACGACCGUUGUGGGAGAAUGUAAUUUUUAUGAGAUUGUCAAUCACAUUACAAGAUAAUGUCAAGGUUGUGGAGGAGGAUAACACUCAAUGAUGAAGUCCUUCUUCAUUAUAGGCAGCUGAAACAUAAACCUGUGCUCGUAAAUGUCAGAGAACUCUCUGGUCUAUUUUAGAGGAGCAUUCUCAGUCAGUCAUUGGAUUAUCGAUUAUAAGAUGUUUUACAUGUGGUGCAAAUGGGAGGACGAGGAAAAACGGUACAAGCUGAUCAGCGUAAUUUCUCCUAAAUGUCAGUAUUUUAUAAGGAAACGGAACAUCACAGGUAGUAACUCCAAGUCAUUAUCCAGUUUGGGGGCUUUGGGUUAAAUCAUUUUGUCAGAGUUUAUACUUUUUUUUCAGAUGUUUGGAUGUCUCAACCUGGAAUUAAACUUGCCAUGUUGGUUUUGGGAAUCUCAGGGAUAAAAACAUCUCACUACAUCGCAUGUGAUUGUCUGUGUUUACGUCAGACUUGGUAUUUUAAGCCUCUUCCACUGCCUGUAUAUAUGUACUGCACUAAGUGGAACAUUUUAACAUUUCUUCAUGAAAGUGGUCAGGUCUCCUCUUUACUAUAUAUCAGUGUGUUUAAGAACUUCUCUGCUGUUUUUUUUUUUGCAUGAUAGCUAAAUGUUAAUGCGGGCCCUUUCUGGGGUCCUCAAUGGUCAAUUUCUGAAGUGACAUUUUGAUGUCUGCAACUGAUGUUGGUCAUGAUUGAGAUAUAAUGGCUGUUAUUAUUACACUUGUAGUAUUGUCUGCAGUCUUAGAAAUAAAUAUAGUAGAUAUUA